AAAAAACAAAGACCUCUCUUUCCUUCAAACACCAAAAAGAAAAUAUGGACAAGAAUGAUCAAACAGCCAUUGACGGCUCAGCUUUAGAGCUUAACCGCAGUGAGAAAACGGCAGAGGCGGUCCUGCGAGUAGUAUCAAUGGCUCUAAGUAUUGCGGGUCUCGUGAUCAUGAUCAAGAACUCCAUCUCCAACGACUUUGGCUCUGUUUCUUACUCAAAUCUUGGAGCUUUCAUGUAUUUGGUGAGGGCUAAUGGCGUUUGUGCUGCCUAUUUUCUUCUUUCUGCUCUCGCGAUAUUAGCCCUUCCGUGUCCAAUAAGCAAGCACCAAGUCUGGACAGUGUUCUUGCUUGACCAGGUAGUCACGUACCUAGUUCUAGCGGCUGGCUCUGUAUCUGCAGAGACGGUUUACUUAGCAUAUUAUGGAAACAUACCCAUCACUUGGAGCUCUGCUUGUGACUCCUAUGGAAUCUUCUGUCACAAGGCAUUGAUCUCGGUUGUGUUCACGUUCGUUGUCUCCAUUCUCUACAUGUUGCUCUCGCUUAUCUCAACCUAUCGACUCUUCAGCAGAUUUGAAGCACCCUAAGCACCGAAAUUGAAGAAUACAGAAAGAAAGAAAAAGUAACAAAGAGGGACAGAAUACAGACAUAUAUAUGGUUCUGUUUGGUUGAAUACUUGAAGUGAACGAGUACUUUGAAUAAAAGAGUAACUAAAUAUUAAUGUUUUUCUCUAAUUGAUUGAUUUAUCUUUUUUGAGUUUUCAGAUAAUCGGAUUUAGUCGGUUGAACUAUUGUCAUAGUCUAAAUCUUUAACCAUCUCAACAAACUGUGGAAAAAGGCUUCAAAGGUAGUCCUUGACGAGCUUGGUUUUCACUCUUUGACAACUUCAGCGAUUGAACCACAAAAUGUGGAUAAAUCAAUCACAAAGCCCAUUUACAGAUAUGGGCUGAGAUUGUCAAAUACGAGACAUGGCCGAGAUUUACUUAGUCAACGUCACUGUUUGACUUCUGGAGAGUAAUUGUAGACUUGUAGUUGAAAGGAUGUGUUUGGUGUGUCCCUUUGUGCGUUGGCCGUUGGGUAUGUUUAUAAUUAGUAAGUAGCAUUAUAUUAUAUUUUAAAGCUACUAGUUAGAUAUUUAUUUAUAUAGUUAAAUAAUUUAAACCUAGAAAGUGGGCAUAGUUCAAUGUAUGUGGAAACCCAUAUGAUAUGUUGUUGUUGUUUCAUUAAAUAAAUUGGUUGUGGG